AGGGCGCAUGCGCACUAAGGCUUCAUUUGCUGACGCAAGAUACCUACAGGGAAAGAGUCUAUCUACAUUUAGCUGUUUGUUCGGGGUAAAACAGUCAGAAGAAAAAGCCUUUUUCAUACAGCAGCCAUGUCGGAAGACGAGAUUUUGUUUGACCCCACUAUGACCAAAAAAAAGAAAAAGAAGAAGAAGAUGAAGCCGUUUAUUGUUGAUGAGGAAGGAGAUGGGCUUGGAGAAGAGACCCAGCAGACAGAACCUCAUGAAAUAGAGCCUGAAGGAGGAGAGGAGCGUGAGGUGGAACCUGAGGAGGAUGAAGGGAAGAAAAAAGAGCUAACAGACGACUUGGAUGAUUUAAACUUCUUAAACCAGAAGAAAAAGAAAAAGAAGCCUAAGAAAAAGUUCAACGAUGAUAUCGAAGAGGGCAUGAAGGAGCUGAAGAUAGAGGGUGAGCAGCUUGAGUUGUUCGAAGAUGAGGAUGUGAAGGUGAAGAAAGUGGAAUUUGCGGAUGAAGGUGAUGCUGUUGAGAAAGAUGAUGCCAUGGACGAUGAUGACGGUAAAAAUAUGGAUGGCAUCACGUUCAGCUCUCAGACAGGCCCAGCUUGGGCAGGAUCAGAGAGGGACUACACAUAUGAUGAGCUGCUGAGUCGCGUGUUUAACAUCAUGAGGGAGAAGAAUCCCGACAUGGUGGCAGGAGAGAAGAGGAAGUUUGUCAUGAAGCCUCCUCAGGUUGUCCGAGUAGGAACAAAAAAAACAUCCUUCGUGAACUUCACUGACAUCUGCAAACUCUUGCAUCGUCAGCCAAAACAUCUCUUGGCUUUUUUAUUGGCUGAAUUGGGAACAAGUGGCUCCAUAGAUGGAAAUAACCAGCUGGUGAUUAAAGGACGAUUCCAGCAAAAACAAAUAGAGAACGUCUUGAGAAGAUAUAUCAAGGAAUAUGUGACGUGUCACACGUGCCGCUCGCCAGACACCAUCCUGCAGAAGGACACCCGACUCUACUUCCUGCAGUGCGAGACAUGCCACUCGCGCUGCUCUGUCGCCAGCAUCAAGACCGGCUUCCAGGCCGUGACGGGCAAGAGAGCGCAGCUACGCGCCAAAGCCAACUAAUGAGGCAGCCCCUCUUUUUGCAUCCCUUCCCACCCUGUGCAUUUCCCAGUCUGUGCUGCCCCAUGUAGCCAACAAGGAAUCACUCUGGCCUUGUCCUCCAACUGCUCAGUGCUACUACAGGGCAGAGCGAGGGCCCUAAUAGGCUUGGACUUGUGGCGUGAACUGUGAAGUAGAUUUGGAGUGGCCUGUUGGAAUAAUAUAAAAGAAUACAUUAAUGUACAGUAUAUGCAGGGAGUUUGGAAAGCUGUAAUCAGCUGGCAUAAUGACACUUGGUCACACUUUGUUGCGGCCUUUGCUCAGAAGGAAGGAUCAUACCUCUAUUUUAAAUGUAUUUUCUCGCUGUCAUAUCAAAACCUCUUAUCUCGAAAACCCCAUUUAAAAACUGCCCUUCAUAUUACAUAUGGUUCCAUUAGAAAUGGUCCAGAAUGACUUCUAAUCUUCUUGAAAAGACAUUAAGACAUUAAAAAUGUUUCUUUUUCCAUUUUGGAGGUAGGAGGUUUUGUUACAACAGCGACGAUAUAUGUUGGGAAGGAAGCCAAGGGAUGUUAGGCACGUACCUGUUCUGUUUCUCCACGCUGGUAUCAGGUUUUGCACUUCUGUUUCCAGGCUGGGUGUGCAGAGAUGGUAUCAGGAGGAAAUGGUGGCAUGUUCUUCCAGAUGAGUGGUUUACAUGCUUGUGUUUUGAAACUGAACUACAUUUACAGUCCUUCAUGAUUUCAUUUGCUCUCUCACAAAGAAGAGAUCCACGGAGACUUUUGGGGUAUUUUAAUGCAGGCUUGGUGCGGAUUCCCUUUGUUUUUGUUCGGUUUGUUCUGAUUAGGCUGUGCUGGUUUGAAGGCCUGUGUGACAAAACCCCACCUGACAGUCUCACUCUCGUUGCUGCUGUGCUUAAGCUUUUGUUUGUUUUACUGAAAAUUACAGUGUCAUUAAGGAAGUGACUUCCACGUAUUAAAACAGUAGAAAAAUCCUGCACAACUGGUUUUGAGAUGUACAGAAAAUUAUAUGGUUGUGCAGGUUGUUUGAACAAUAUGGGGCAGCAGAUAUUACAGUGUUUAGGCUGAAAGCAAGAUGGUUGUCUUUGUUUCAAACUGAUUUUUUUUUAAUAAAAAAGAAUUACCCCAAA